UAAAUACAUUUGAACUGAAGUGUAGUCGAUGAUGGGGAUUAUAUGGGCGGGUGUUGUUUCGUGGCAGUAUUGAAAAUGGGCGGACUUUAAAAAUCAGCCAGGAAAAGACAGGAAAGUCAUUACUUCCUCAGAGCACAACAACAAGAAAACGAUGGCUGCCAUUCGUAAGAAACUUGUUAUAGUUGGUGAUGGAGCCUGUGGAAAGACCUGUUUACUUAUUGUUUUUAGUAAAGAUCAGUUUCCUGAAGUCUACGUGCCCACAGUGUUUGAAAACUAUGUUGCAGACAUUGAGGUUGAUGGAAAACAGGUAGAGCUUGCCUUGUGGGACACUGCUGGACAGGAGGAUUACGAUCGUUUACGUCCUCUCUCAUACCCUGACACAGAUGUCAUUCUUAUGUGCUUUUCCGUUGACAGUCCUGAUAGUUUGGAGAACAUUCCAGAAAAGUGGACGCCAGAGGUAAAGCAUUUCUGUCCGAAUGUACCCAUCAUCCUUGUGGGUAACAAAAAGGAUCUCCGAAAUGAUGAGCAUACACGACGGGAACUUGCCAAAAUGAAACAGGAGCCUGUGAAACCCGAGGAAGGACGAGACAUGGCCAACCGAAUUAAUGCCUUCGGUUAUUUAGAAUGCUCAGCCAAGACAAAAGAUGGCGUGAGAGAGGUUUUUGAGAUGGCCACCAGAGCAGCACUGCAAGCGAAGAAACGUGGCAAAAAGACUGGCUGUUUACUCCUAUAAAAACCUGUAGAAGAACAGGUAUCAGUUAACACAACCCAGGAUUAAGACUUAAGAACAGGGAGGGGGGUGGGAGAAGCCUAACAUUCGUGUCCUCGUACAGUUGGCGUACCGGGACAAUGUGUCAAGAAGACUAACCAGGAGAAACCAAUGGACAGACUUUGGGAACAGCUGUGAAACUGGUGACUUCAUUGUCUGUCAUUAAAUGAGAUCGGGGUUAUGAGUUUUCUGGUCUCGCCAAGCAAAAUUUAUACCUAGGGUAUUUGUUGUUGUCAUAUUGCUUUUUCCCUUUUUAAGCCCGAAAUAUGUUUUAUAAAACUGUUCUCUGAUCAGUAUCUCUUUUAGGUUUACUCUCCUGUCUUUAGCAAUCGUUUUGUGUGUGACAGAUUGUAUGUAAGUUUGUAUAUUAAUGUUUGUGUGAAUGAACACACAGAAUGUGUCUCUUUGUUAUAUACGAGUCUAUCUGGAUGGUUUUAUUCUGUAUCAUGUGCUCAGCUGAAGCACACACUGAACAUUGAAGUGAGCUGUAUUCUGUUUAACCUCUCACUUCAGCCUUAUUCCCUGUUUAAGUCUCAAAGGAUUUAGGGUUGUACGUUAGGGAUCAAAACCGUUUAAUGCAUUUUAUUUAAUAAGCAAAUACUAUUUUUAAAAUGUAAAUUUUGUGUGUUUAUAGUAUUUGAAAAACUAUUGGCAAUACUUUUGAAUAAAAGACUGUCAACAAAGUAAUUUAU